GACGAAGGUCGCUCGCCAUUUCACGCAGCCGAAGUACUGCAAGGUUGCGGGGAUGAGAGUUCUCGCGGAUCUCUGGAACGACACCGACUACAAGUUUGUUGACAGCACUGCUCGGCGGGUGCAAAGGUGGAUGGCUGAGGAGGGGAUACGGGACACGAGAGCACCUGUGGGUGGGCAGCGGCCACGGACGGACGACGCAGAGAGGGACGAGAUUCAGGACGUCCUCGAUGAGCAGGAGGGGGGCGAGGGUGGGGUCGGCGAGGCGGGGAUGCGAGACGACGCAGUCCGAGGCCCUGACCUGCCAGGGGAGGAGGUAGUGAUGACGUCCAGAGGGGUUGGGCCAGCGGGUCACGCUGCAAGGGCAUCACGAGCUGAGUUGGACCGCGCGAGGACGGAUAAGAGGAAAGUGGGGGAGGCGGACGUCGACGUGCGGGACACGACGAGGGAGAAGAGGGCACGGCAGGCGACGAUCGAGGAGAUGUACGGCAAGGAGAAGUUGGCCGAGUUCUCAGACGCGUGGCUGCAGUCGAUCUACGCGAAGGGGUUGCCAUUCAACGCCUUCCGAGGGCCGGAGUUCCAGAGGGUUCGCCGGGCGGCAGAGAGAGUACCCCGCACAGUUCGGUUCCAGUUUCCCUCGUACAGGGUUACAGCGGGCGCAGAGAUCCCUUCGCAGAGGACGAAGGUAGCGUCGAUGGUGAGCGAGGUGCGCUCCGCUUUCCAGCACACCGGUGCCACCAUCCUCUCCGACGGAAGGAAGUCACGUAGCGGCAAGCCGCUCGUGAACUUCUUGGUUGGGGGCUCGAACGGCGCCCUGCUGUACGCCACUGUCUCACGUGACGGGUCUGUCCGCGAUACGGCGAAUAUCGUGUAUCGCAGGUGGCAGACCAUCAUCCUGUCCUUUUCUGCAAAGGACGUGAUCGGCUUCCGCACGGACUCCGCCAGUAACUAUACGGCGGCGGCACGCAGAUUCGCCACAGACCCUUAUGCGGACAUUAGGAGGAUCGCUUGGCUUCCUUGCUCCUCCCACGUCUGCAACUUGAUGUUGUCAGAUGUCGGGACGCGAGCAGGGUGGGUCAAGGAGACCAUCAUCCAUGCCCGAGCAUUAGUGCGAUUUAUUAAAUCGCACGGCGCUGCUCACACCCUUUUUAGGAAGUUGAGCCCUCGCGUCAUGCUCGUCGAGCCCGUUGAGACCCGGUUUGCAUCGGUUUUCUUGAUGCUGACGUGUCUCAAACGCCGGCGGGACGCGCUGGAGAGCAUGCUGCACGACAAUGUGUGGGCAUGCAUCUUGCGAGAGCGUAGGCUUAUCGCCCAGGCGCAGUGGGUGCAGCAACAGAUCCGCGAUAGGGAGUUUUUGCGUUGUGUUGACUGUUCCAUCCGCGUUAUGGCGCCCGUCCACCAGCUACUGAGGAGGAUGGAUAGGGGGGGGAUGAUGAUGUCCAUCAUGUGCGAGUGGAGUCAGCAUCUACUCGAGUUGAUUAGGAGGGUGGAUGUGCCGGCGGACAUGGUCGAGCCGUGCGUGCGCGAGGUUGCCAUCCGCAACCUCCACAUGCUCGAGCCCGCACAUGCCGUGACACACCUCCUCAACCCUUAUCGGCGGUCCCUUCGAUAUCAUGAGUCAUUGCAGACUACCAGUGACGACGCCCGUGUGGUCGAGGAGUGCAACAGAUUUCUGCUCGCACAGACCGGCGACGAUCCGGUCGGCAGAUUGUACAUGACCGUGCGAGACCAGAUGACAGCGAGAGACAAUUGUUGUAGAGGAGGCCGAGGACGAGGACGCUGACACAGAGCUCGAGCCGAUCGACAGUGAGGUCCGCAGAUACAGAUCGGUCGUGGCCGCGGCAGCCGCAGCAGCACAGGCG